AAUCGAAUCUUACUGUACUUAAGUGAGCAGAGAACCUCGCAGUCUGGUGUCCUGCAAAGAGAUCAAGGUGACCUGCCCAACCCACCACUGUCGAUCCAAGGAUCACAGAUCUAAUUGCACCGAAUAAAUUAAAAUUUACUUUUUAAAACCGUUUUGUAAGUGUCAAUAAAUGGCUGACAGAUGGAAAACGAUCGAAAGUGCAUUUACUGUCAAUCGCCUAAAGUAAUUUUCCUAUUAAGCAAUUGUUUUGUCAGAAGGAGUCGUUAUAAAUUGCCCCCAAUUACGACGACUUAUAUAGCGUUUGUAAUUAUUAAAAACCCCACUAAACCAUCAUAUAGGCUAAUGUUGUAUUUAAAAGCUCCAUUUGCGGUUACAAAAUGAAGCUUUCGUACUGUUUAACAAUUUUUAAUUUUAUGAUGCCCCUCGUGGCCUCUUUUAUGGAUAUUGAGCUAGUUUUGGCCUUUUUUAAGGCUAAGCAUUUAAACCGGAACGUCGUCUUGACCUGUUACGAGAAACCUCUCCAAAUAAGGUUGUUAAAGAACCUGACGCAAAAUACAAUUGUUACGGUAAAACGAAUGAAAAAUUUGAAUAUUUUGGACACACUGAUGGAAAAUUAUAAGCGAAUGGGGAUGGUGGUGGACGGUGACUGUCCCGAGGCAAAAGGGCUUCUUAUGAGGUGCAAAAGGUACAACGUGUUCGAUACCAAACACUUUUGGCUGGUGACGCACAACUCCGGCUCCUACGAUUAUUUAUUUCGAUUUGUCAAUUUAAAUGUGAAUUCCGACGUCAAGGUGGCUUAUCCGAACCCCCACCAAUUUGCCACCUACGUCAUUGAUGACGUAUACAAUCCCGCCUACUUGAAACGUGGCGGUUUGAAGACAUCAGAAGUGGGAUUUUACGACGCUAACCGGGGCUACCGACUGCACCAAACCCAAAACAAAUAUUUCACCAGAAGGAACUUGACGGGGAUUCAGUUUAACACUCUUGUGGUGCUGACACAACCUUUCCAAGGUCCCUUGAGGGAGUACCUUGAGAGUGACGAUGAUACAAAAGUCAAUACGUUUAGUAGGUUUCAUGCCAGACUAAUGCACUACUGUCAAGAUUAUUAUAAUUUCAGUAUGCAAAUUGCAGUAGACGAAUCUUUGGGAUUUCUUCAAACCGAUGGUACCAUGGACGGACUAGUGGGUAGCAUGGAAAGGAAAAUAGUAGAUUUCGGACUGUCACCGCUCUUUUAUAAGAAAGAACGGGCCCAAUUUAUCACUUAUGGCAGAAAAACGUGGAAUUUAUAUGCGGCGUUCAUCUUACGUAAUCCAAAAUCCAGAAAAUCUUAUCAGAUAUUCAUCAACCCUUUAUCGUUUCACGUGUGGGUGUGUAUAGUCAUGGUGUCAGUGUUAUCAGUCUUUAGUCAAAAACUGGGAUACGUGCUGGAUAAGCGCAUCAACCUGAAAAGUUUCAGAAUGCGAAAUCUGGAUGACUCGUACAGCUUCAGUACCGUUUGCACCUUUGGAGCGUUUUGCCAGCAGGGAAUCAUCGCAUUUCCUGAUUCUAUCAGCGGUAGGACUGCUGCCUACGUCACUUUACUCCUGGGCAUGUUGAUUUAUCAAUUUUAUUCAGCCAGUUUGGUUUCCUUCCUGCUAAAUACACCCGUCACCUUGAUCUCUAACGUUAAGGAUAUUUUGGAUAACGGAUUCCAGAUUGGUGCCGAGGAUGUACUUUAUGCAAAAUCAUUAUUUCAAGCUGGUACGGACAACGUAACCCGCGAAGUCUACAAACGACUGUCAAUAUCGAUGGACAACCGGAGCGGUUUUAUCCAGCCAACAGUUGGCCUGGAUCUGGUCACACGUGGCCAUUACGCGUUCCACGUCGAACUGGCCACCGCUUAUCCGAUAAUCGAGUCCACGUAUGACGAAACAACCAUCUGUGACUUGAAGGAAGUCUCCAUCUUUGGAGAGAAACACAUGUACGCAGCCUACCAGAAGUGGUCACCUUUCAAAGACCUUAUGGAUGUUUGCUUGCAAAGGUUCGCAGAAAACGGCGUGUUACGUAGGGAGCUGAUAUUUUGGCAUCCCAAGAAACCGACUUGCAUGCGGUCCAGUUCCACCAUCAGGAUCACUAUCGGUUUGGAGGAUUUUUAUCCCGCCCUGGUGGUGUUGAUGUUAGGGAUCGUUUUGAGUUUACAAAUUUUAGUUUACGAGUUAUUGUGGCACAAGAACAAAAAAUUGGAUAAGGUUAAAGAUACAUGGGUCAUUCCGUUCACUAAUUAAGGUUGUAUAGUUUGCAGGUCUUGUAAAAACCUAUGAAUAUCGUUCUUUUAAUUAAAACGAAAUUUAGUAGGUAAUUUUAGAAAAAAUAAAUGAUUAUAAGCAAAAACCAAUAUAAUAAUAGAAACCAUUGCACAAAUUUAUUUAUGUAAGUAAGAACCCAAGAAGUCAUAGUUUGGGUUUAAGAACUCUGCCCAAGUUAUUAAAGAAGGAGUAAUUGUAUAGUCUAUUAUGGCAUGCGAAAGUAAGCAGUCAAAAGUCAAGGCAAGUAUACUCUAGAUCAAAAAUACGUGUCCAGUGGAACAGUUUCUUGGCCUCCUAGAUCACCCGAUUUAACGUCCCUAGAUUUUUUUUCCUGUGGGAACAUAAAUGUUUUUAUUGUAUCAGAAAUU